AUGGGUUCUUUCCUCUCCCCAGCAAGUCUUCAAGAUCUCCUGCGCGAAGCCUCCGUAUCAUAUCCACAACGAAGCCUUAUCGUCUACCCCCUUGGAAACACAUCAACUCCCAUUAGGGUAAGCUACGAAAGUUUGUACGCCCAAGCACUCCGGGCCAGUCAAGUGCUUCUACGUUUGCCCGGCCUCAAACCUGGAGCGCCAGUACUACUGCAUCUUGACAACCACUGGGAUACCAUUCUGUGGUUCUGGGCGACACUCCUCGCGAACGCUCUCGCCGUCCCUUCUUCACCGUUCAGCAAUGUAGAGGACCAUCGAAGGAAGCACAUCCAAGGUCUCUCUUCGCUUCUAGAGUCUCCAAUAUGUAUUACGCGAGCCAAGGCUGUGAAGCUGUUCGACUGCGAUCACAACAUGAGGCUGUAUACAGUGGAAUCCUUGCUUUCGACACCAGUUUCUCCGGACCUCCAAACCCCGCCGCCAACGCCCAACACCGGACUCGCGAUGUUGAUGUUAACCUCAGGCAGCACUGGGAACGCAAAGGCCGUCCAACUCGAUCAUGUACAGAUACUCGCAGCCAUCGCCGGAAAGGCUUCCGUCAGGCAGCUCUCAGAGGAAAAGCCAUUCUUGAACUGGAUUGGGCUUGAUCAUGUGGCCAGUCUUGUCGAGAUCCACCUUCAAGCAAUGCACCUGGGCGUUGACCAGGUCCACGUCCACGCAGCCGAUAUCGUCUCCUCGCCGUUGACCUUCCUCGAUCUCCUCAGUCGGCACCAGGUGACUCGCUCCUUUGCACCAAACUUCUUCCUUGCCAAACUGGUCUCGCAGACACGGAAAGGGGAUAAUGAUCCCGGACGCUGGGAUUUACACCACUUGAGAGUGAUGGCAUCUGGCGGCGAGGCAAAUGAUGUACAGACAUGCAUCGCGGCUUCGACCCUCUUUUCGGAGCACGGCGCUCCUUCAAGUGUCAUAACUCCCGGUUUCGGAAUGACGGAGACAUGCGCUGGAGCAAUUUUCAGCCUCAACUGUCCGGAAUACGACAUAAAACACCAACGGGCAUUUGCCUCUCUUGGAAGGUGUAUGAGAGGAAUUGAAAUGAGGGUGACGGUUGCCACGGUGGACGACGGAGUUAGACUAGCUUCACCCGACGAGCCUGGCAGCCUCGAGGUCCGUGGAGACGUCGUAUUUCGUGGCUACUAUCGCAAUGAGAAAGCUACCGCACAGGCCUUUCGACCCGGAGGAUGGUUCAGGACCGGAGAUAAAGCGAGCAUCGAUCCCGCAGGCAACCUAAACCUCCUCGGAAGAGCCGACGACACGAUGAACAUCAACGGAGUGAAGAUCAGCCCAGCGGGUCUGCAGACAUCACUUGAGCACGCUUUGGCUGGCCAUGUUUCUUGCGGUACGGUGUUCCCGGUCCGAGCGUCCGGGGCGAGUACUGAGCAGAUUGCUGUCGUAUAUGUUCCGAUGAAGAGCCCGCUCAUAUCCGAUGACGCGCUCCACAUCAGGGAUAUUAUCGCUAGUGUAAGCAUCGCUGCCACAGGCACGCAGCCCGUCGUUUUCGCGGUAGUGGACGAGACUAAGCUUCCGAGGACAACUCUUGGGAAGCUUUCUCGAGCGAAACUGCGAACUAUGUUCGAAAAUGGGCACUUUGCAUCCGAGCUAGAACACCACAGGAGUUUAAUAUCUCCUUCAAUAUUGAACGGCACCUCCACGCCUGCUACCGAAGCUGAACGCCGUCUUCUAGAUGACUUUGAAGAGGCUUUUGAUAUUCCGUCGGGCACCAUGGGACCUCUCACGUCUAUCUUCGAAAUGGGCAUCACCUCAAUGGCACUCAUCAGCCUCAAGCGCCGCAUCGAAACUCGACUUUGCCUGGAUGUCCCACUGAUCACGCUCAUGAACAACCCUACCGCUCGUACUCUCUCCGAAGCCCUGGACGAGCUGAACAUUGCAUCGGGCUACAACCCCGUGGUGACGCUGCGGAGCCAUGGCAGCAAGGCUCCCCUCUGGCUUGUGCAUCCCGGUGUGGGGGAGGUCUUGGUCUUCCUCGGUCUUGCGAACCUAAUAUCCGAUCGGCCAGUCUAUGCCCUCCGCGCGCGAGGCUUCGACGGCGAACCGCACUUCACGGACCUCGCCGAUAUGAUUGGCACCUAUUACGAGGCAAUCAGGCGAAAGCAGCCCACGGGUCCGUAUGCCCUAGCUGGCUACAGUUAUGGAUCUAUGGUUGCUUUCGAGUUGGCCAAGCGACUGGAAGCCGAUGGCGAGGAAGUGAAGUUCCUCGGAAGCUUCAAUCUCCCACCGCACAUCAAGCAGCGCAUGCGGCAGCUCAGUUGGAACAUGUGUCUCCUUCACCUUGCAUACUUCCUGGGCCUCACCACCGAGCAAUUCGCUGACGACAUUGAAGACAGUUUUAGAGAACUACCCCGAGAGUCCGCAAUGGCUACCGUGCUCGAAGUAGCAGACGAAGCGCGCAUGGCAGAGCUCGGAUUAGAUGAGCGCAAGUUGGCGAACUGGGCGCAGUUGGCGUUUAGCUUGCAGAGUCUAGCCGUCGACUAUGAGCCCUCGGGCAGUGUAGGGCUGAUCGACGUCUUCCACGCCCGGCCGCUGAGAGUCGCGGCGAAGUCGCGAGAAGACUGGUUGGAGAACCAUCUCAGCAAGUGGAAGCAUUUCUGUAGGACGGAGCCUCGGUUCCACGAAGUGGGAGGCGCGCACUAUACUAUGAUUGGGAAGGAAUAUGUCGUCGGUGCCCCACCAUCCAUCUCAGCCCCAAACAAAGUCCGGCGCUAUACCUCUACCUCUGGAUCUAGCAGGCCCGCUCGAGGAACACUUUUCCAACUUCGACUUCGACUUUCGAAAAACGAAACUGAAGUAGAACAUAUGGACGCGUCGGUUGAGCAGGUUAAGAAGCUAGCCGCGACGGUGGGGGAGGAGGGUAGGAGAAAGUUGAUAGUGAGCUUGCACGAGCUGGCGUACGAGUUGGAGGAUUCGAAUGAUACCGUUCAUCGGUUUGGAUAUUUGCAUCUUCAAACUGCCGCUGUGAAGAUUGGGUUCGACAUUGGGCUGUUUCGCUUCCUAGCCGAGCGAGAGGGCGAGGUAGCCAUUGAUGAGAUCGCGCGCAAGACCGGUGCGGAGGAGUUAUUCCUAAGCCGCUACCUCAGCUACCUCGCCGCCAUCAGUGCCGUCCGUCAAAUCGACGCACACCACUACGCCGCGAACAAAACGACCCGCAAUCUCGCCGAGCCCGUCAGCCUCGCCGGCAUCUCGCACUGUUUCCAAACCAUCGGCCCCCAGUACCAAGCCCUCCCGUCUUUUCUCGCCUGCACUCAGUACGCAAACCCCACCGCCGAGCUCGCUACCGCCUUCCAGCAGGCGUACUCCACGGACCAGCAUGCGUUCGCCUGGUUUGCGAGCCAUCCUGAGGAACUCAAGUAUUUCAACGACUACAUGGCGUUUCGGCGGGAGCCGAAGCUCAGCUGGCUGAGUGUGUAUCCCGUGGAGAAAGAGGUAGAGGGCUGGGAUGCUGGGGAAGACAAGGCGGUGUAUGUUAAUAUGGGCGGCGGGAUUGGACACCAGUGCAGGCAGUUUAAGGAGAAAUAUCCGGGGGUAAAGGGAAGGGUGGUGUUGCAGGAUUUGCCGCAUAGUAUUGACAAGGCGUUGGAUACGCCGGGGGUGGAGAAUUGCGUGCACAACUUCUUUGAGCCGCAGCCUAUCACUGGCGCAAAGUUUUACUUCCUCCGCGGCGUGCUGCACAACCAUCCAGACCACAAAGUGCGCCAGCUGCUGCUGAACGUCAAGGCCGCGAUGAGCUCGGAUUCUGUCCUGCUGAUCGACGAGAUGGUGCUGCCGGAGAGCGGGGUGAAUGCGUAUGCCGCGGCCAUGGAUCUGACCAUGAUGGCCGCGUUUGCGAGCACGGAGAGGAGCGAGAAGAUGUGGAGGAAGAUUAUUGAGGAUGUGGGCAUGCGGCUGGUGAAGACGUGGCCGUAUAAUGAGGUCAGCUAUGAGAGCGUUAUGGAUGUACGGUUGGCGUAG